UGUAAAAUCCCGAGACCAAUUAUUUACGCGAAUGGAAGUGGGUUGUUAGACUGGUACAUUCCACUAAAUCAGAAUGUUUUUCAUUAUUUACAUAGGUUAUUAACCUAAAAUGUCGUCAGACAGCGAAUUAGAUGAAUUCUACGAUGCAGAGGAUGCGACCCCGAAACCAACUCUUGGCAAGAAUAUUCCCCACACCUCGGCAUCUCAGUCCAGAAACAGCUUAGAGGAACAAGAGAGGAAGCUGCUAGAAUUUAAAAGAAAACAGGAAGAAAGGAGAAGACAGGAAGAUGAGGAAUACAGAAAACUGCUGCUGGAACUGGAGGAAAAAAGAAGGCUGGAAAAGGAACAGGAAGAGGAAAAGAAGCUGCAAGAAGCAGAAAAACGACGGAGGAAGUUAGAGAGCAUGAGACAAAAAAUCUCCAAUGAAAAUAUAAGCACAGAGGUAGACUCAGACUUAGGAGAAGAUGAGUCCGACAAAUCAACUCGAGAUUAUGAUUCGGACUCAUCCAAUGAAGCUCAAGACUCAACCGAGGAUUUCGUAGAUUCCUACAACCCCUCAGAAGUCACCAAGAGAUUAACUUUUAGUGAAAACAUGGACUCUUCUCAUCCAACCAAAGGCAAUGUAGAAAAAGAGAUUCCAGAUCUGGAUGUAGAUGAUAUUUUAUCCGAUUCGGAUGAUAUUGUGGAUAAACUGUUCCAAGACAAUCAGGUUUGUAGUGGCAGCAAUGAGCCUGACAUAGUCCGCAGCACCAGGACACCCCCCAACACUCUGACAUCACUUCCUCCCUCUGUAAUGGACCAAUUAGCCUCAGCUUCCCAGAAUUCCCACUCGCUUUCACUUCCUCCACCAGGCCAGUCUACAGAACCUAGAGCCCCUCCCCGCCGACGCAGGAGGGAACAGGAGCACCCCCCGGAGGAGAUCUCAAGUGAAGCUAGCACACCUGAUUGGGAUAACAGGCAGUCCCUCCCCCUCCCCUCUCAGUCCCCAGACAGUGGGCCCGGGCUGGAUAACUUCCUGGAUAUUAGAGACUGUUUAGGGGGGCGGCGGCACAUCAAAAUGGAGGAUGCUGAGCUGCAUGCAGUGAAUUCCGAUCAGAGUCGUCCAAGAUCUGCAACAGGUAGUAGAUCGAGCUCACUCGGGAGAUCUGAGUCGCGCUCAAAAUCAGGGUCAGGAGGUCAAAGGCAAUCAAUGAGUGCACCCAUACAAGGCAGAAAAACAGCUUCUCUGGGCAGAGCAGAUGGAAGAACUGGUACUCAGUGGAGAAAUGAAAGUAAAUCUACAUCAGGGUCACUGGGACAAAGUGAAAGUAAAUCAGGAUCUAGUUCAUUAGGGCGAAGUGAAAGUAAAUCCCACAAGGGUGAAGAGGGACAGUAUCAAAGUAAGAAAUCUUCUAGUCUGCCUCGAAAAAGUUCCAAUGUUUCCAGGAAGUCAGUAGAAAGGGAACGAAGGAAAUCUGGAGAUCGGGACAAGAAAUCGUCUAAAGAAUCGUCGCGUUGUUCAUCGCCUAACACAGAGGAGCCCGAGGAACAACAGCCUACAGCUCCAAGGCCACGCUCAAACUCAGGAAGGACAUUAACUGAUGAGGAAAUCCUGGAGGGGGUGUUGGUGCUAAAUCUGGACACAGGAGAGAAGGUCCCCCUGAGUAUAGCAGAGGAUAAAAUUCCUAAGUGUAUCAACCCCCUCACUCUACACAUCAUGAAACUCACCAAGGAAAUGGACGGAUUACAAAAGCCCCGCUAUGGUUUGUAUUGGAUACCAAGGCAAGGUAAGGAUUUACAUGAUGAGGGGGCCCAUGGAGGGGAGGACAGCAAAUCUCUGGAGGAGGAGACAGGUGUCAGGAAGAAGGGACUAAAGCUGAAGAAAUUCCUAGAGAAGAAAAUGAAGAAAAAUGUAGACAAACUCAAAACUGCUGCAGACCAGGUGAUACAUGGAGAUGAGACAGGUGUAGAAGAAGAAGUUAAUGUGGACGGGAAAAUCUUCAAGCUGAAAGCUCAUCAUAAAGGCACUAAGGAAUUUAACCAGCUCAAGAUGUUACAGGAUAUGAGUGGGGUCCACACGGAAGUGGAUGAUGACCUUGACCGUACUAUGACUGAAGCAGGUGCUGUGUGGACUAUGAAGUUUUCACCGUGCGGUAAGCUCCUCGCGACGGGAGGACAAGACAACAUGCUGAGGAUCUGGGUCCUCAAGGCCGCCUACCCUCACUUUGAUGACAUGAGGACAAAGUACGCUGAUGUUCGGGUGUCUCCAACUCCUUCACAUGAAAGUCUCAACUCCAUUGUGUCAGAAAAUUCUGUGGGAGAUUUCCUUACACAGGCCCAGAUGACAUCAGAUGAGGAUAAGGACGCCCCUUUUAUGUCCCGCCCCCUGUGUGUUUACCGGGGUCACAUAUCAGAUGUACUAGAUGUCUCUUGGUCUAAAAAUUACUUCAUCUUGUCCUCCUCAAUGGAUAAAACCGUGCGACUGUGGCACAUUUCUCGGAGAGAGUGUCUGUGUAUAUUCCAGCAUAUAGACUUUGUCACCGCUAUAGUGUUCCAUCCAAAGGAUGAUAGGUACUUUUUAAGUGGUUCAUUAGACGGUAAGUUAAGACUGUGGAACAUUCCUGAGAAAAAAGUUACAAUGUGGAACGAGGUCUCCAGUCUAAUAACGACAGCCAACUUCUGCCACAAUGGAAAGUUUGCUGUCGCCGGAACUUACGAUGGAAAAUGUAUAUUCUACACCACAGAGCAAUUAAAAUACUACACUCAGAUCCAUGUAAGGUCAACAAGAGGUAAAAAUGCCAAAGGAAGCAAAAUCACGGGUGUGGAACCGCUACCUGGGGAAGAUAAGAUAUUGGUGACUUCUAAUGACUCCAGGAUAAGAUUAUAUGAUCUACGAGAUUUGACCUUGACCUGUAAAUACAAGGGUUGCACUAAUAACAGUAGUCAGAUCAAGGCCAGUUUUAGUCCCAAGUCUAAGUACCUGAUCUGUGGUUCUGAGGACCACUUUGUGUACAUCUGGAAGACGCAGCACGAGUUCUAUAAAUUCUCAUCGGCCAGGAGAGAUCGCAAUGAUUACUGGGAGGCUAUUAAAGUUCACAAUGCCACAGUCACUGCUGCUGUGUUUGCCCCCAACCCUUCCCUGUUUGUCCGCUCCAAGAAACAGGAACCCAACCCCAGCAAAGAGACAGAGGAGACCCCCAGACAGGUGAUUGUCGCCGCAGACUUCACAGGGGCCAUAAAAGUCGUACUUAACCUCGGACCCAAACCAACAUAGACUGACCGCCACGGACUUCAUGGGGGCCAUAAAAGUCGUACUUAAUCUCGGACCUAAACCAACAUAGGCUGAUGGUUAUACAUUUCUUACAAAGUAUGGUGGAAUUGCUAAUUGCACAAGGAACUCCCAGUUUAUGGGAAAGUAACAUG